CACGCACUUCCGAGACGGCAAUGCCGAGGUCCCUGGCAGGUAUUAGCCAGAUGCGCCCGCCAGAGCUUCCUUCAAAACAUAUCUACCUACCACCAGUCCAAGCCGCACAUAGGUCGCAUAAUUAACCCGCACCCACUCACUCCGUUGCUAUUUGAUUCCUCUAGUCGCCCUUGGCUUCUUCUUCUUCUUCUUCUUCUCUUCUCCUUUUCUUCUCGUGCUUGUAACAAGUCGUCGCCCAUGUUCAGUGCAGUAGCCCGCGCGCGAGCUCCGGCCUCACUUUCACGUACCUCCCUCUUCGUUCCCAAGACUCAAACUCUCAGAAUGGCUCCAAUUCCCCAAAGACGCCAGCAGUCGUCCAUGCCAGCUGGCUACAAGGAGGACCACAGCAAAGGUCCCAUGCUGCGGUUCGAGGAAUCUCUCCCCCGUUUGCCCGUUCCCACUUUGGAGGAAACCGCCAAGCGAUACCUCAAAUCCGUUCACCCGCUCCUCUCCAAGACCGAGUACGAUGAAACCACAAAAGCAGUCAACGACUUCGUUGCCCCAGGUGGUGCCGGCGAGACUCUUCAAAAACGGUUGGUAGCUCGACGGGAGCAGCCAGACAUGAAGAAUUGGAUCGCCGAAUGGUGGGAUGAUGCUGCGUACAUGGCUUACCGAGACCCUGUUGUGCCCUACGUCAGCUACUUCUACUCACACCGCGAUGACCGCAAGCGUCGUAACCCGGCGAAGCGCGCUGCUGCCAUGUCUACCGCCGUGCUCGAGUUCAAGAAGAUGGUGGACAACGGCACGCUGGAGCCAGAGUACAUGAAGAGCUUGCCCAUUGCCAUGAGCUCGUACGAGUACAUGUUCAACUGCUCGCGCGUGCCCAGAGCCGGCACCGACACAACAAUCAAGUAUGGUUUCAAGGAGAACCCUCACAUUGUUGUGAUCCGCAAAAAUCAGUUCUGGAAGGUGCCUCACGAGAUCAACGGCAAGCAGCUCACCACCGCCGAGCUCCAGCUGCAGUUCCAGCGCAUCUACGACAGUGCCGAAAAGUCUCCUGCCGUCGGAAUCCUCACUUCGCAGAACCGUGAUGCGUGGACUGAUGUCUACCCUCGUCUAAAGGCUGUGUCCGACGUCAAUGCCGCCUCCGUUGAAGCCAUUGAAGCCGCCUCUUUCGUCGUGUGUCUAGACGACGCAUCGCCCGUGACGCUCGAGGAGCGCGCACGCCAAUACUGGCACGGCGAUGGCCAGAACCGCUGGUUCGAUAAGCCUCUCCAGUUCAUCAUCAACGACAAUGGCACUUCAGGCUUCAUGGGCGAGCACUCGAUGAUGGACGGUACACCUACCCACCGCCUCAACGACUACGCAAACCAGCAAAUCUUCACCAACGCCCUUCCCUUCGACGACACCACUACCCGCUCUGACCUACCCAAUCCCACCCCUCUGCGCUUCACCAUCACCCCCGAGCUCCAAAAAGACAUCGACGCCGCCCAAGCGCACUUCUCACGGCAAAUUGGCGCACACGAGCUCCGCGUGCAAGCUUACCAGGGCUACGGCAAGGGCCUCAUCAAGAAGUUCAAGUGCAGCCCAGACGCCUACGUACAAAUGAUCAUUCAGCUCGCGUACCACAAGUUCUACGGCAAGAACCGUCCUACCUACGAAUCCGCCGCCACCCGCCGCUUCCAGCUUGGCCGCACCGAAACCUGCCGUACUGUAUCAGACGAGAGCGUCGCCUUCUGCAGCGCCAUGGCCGAAGCAGACAGCUCACCCGAACACCUCCAGACUCUUCUCCGCGCUGCUAUCAAUGGGCACGUCAAAUACAUUACCGACGCCAGCGAUGGUCGCGGAGUGGAUCGUCACCUCUUUGGACUCAAGAAGUGUCUGAAGGAGGGCGAGGACGUUCCUGCCAUCUACAAGGACCCUGCUUUCUCGUACAGCAGCAAAUGGUUCAUCUCGAGCUCGCAGCUCAGCUCCGAGUACUUCAACGGCUACGGAUGGAGUCAAGUUGUGGACGAUGGAUGGGGUAUCGCGUACAUGAUCAAUGAGAACAGCCUCCAGUUCAACAUUGUUUCCAAGGGAUUGGGCGCUGAGAAGAUGAGCUUUUACCUCAAUGAAGCGGCGGGCGAUAUGCGCGACAUCAUGCUCCCUACCCUCGACGCCCCCAAGGCGAAGCUAUAG